GUAUGUGUCAGACAUCCUGAUUGAAAUUUUGUUUAGUGUCAAAAGCUCAAGUCUGUUCUUUUUUUCUUCAUUAUUUCUUGUUAUCUCGAGUUAAAAGUCCUGUGGAGAGGAAGCUUUAGCCAAUGGAUUUGGCUAUUAAAAGCAAGGCAUUUGUAGGUAUUGCUUUCUGUUUAUAGCGGAUAAAGUGGACUGCAGUGGUAGAAAAGCAGCAAACAGUUCAACUAUUGGAGGACAAAGCUAGGUGAGGCGAGAGAAAGGCCAUAUACAGAUGGAGAACAAAAACAAUUGGGUUCAUGGCUCUCUUUUGCUUGUGGGGAUAUUUGAGCCUUUGGGGAAUGGAUCCCAGCCACACGAAGGGUACGAUGCCUACUUCCACUUCAAUUUCUGCUAGAAAGGCUGCCGAUAUGGGUUGUGAUCAGUUCCCGGCGGGCCUUCGCGUCCUGGUUGUGGAUGAUGAUCCUACCUGUCUCAGGAUCUUGGAAAAGAUGCUGCAGAAUUGCUGCUAUGCCGUGACGAAAUGCAAUCGGGCUGAGAUUGCAUUAUCCAUGCUUCGUGAGAACAAAAAUGGAUUUGAUAUUGUGUUAAGCGAUGUGCAUAUGCCUGACAUGGAUGGAUUCAAACUUCUAGAGCAAGUUGGUCUGGAGAUGGAUUUGCCUGUUAUCAUGAUGUCAGCAGAUGAUGGAAAGAAUGUUGUGAUGAAGGGAGUGAUUCAUGGUGCUUGCGACUACCUGAUCAAACCGGUUCGAAUCGAAGCGCUCAAGAACAUAUGGCAACAUGUGGUUCGGAAGAGAAAGAGCGAAUGGAAGGAUUUAGAGCAAUCCGGAAGCAUGGACGAUGGAGAUCGGGAUCAAAAUGUAUCUGAAGGUGCAAAUUAUUCAUCUUCGGCGUAUGAUGGAAGUUGGAACAGCUCGAAGAGGAAGAGGGAUGCUGAAGAAGAGCUCGAGGAGAGGGACGAUACAUCGGCGUUAAAGAAGCCGAGGGUGGUAUGGUCAGUUGAGCUCCAUCAACAAUUUGUCAUAGCAGUUGAUCAGCUAGGCAUUGACAAGGCUGUCCCUAAAAAGAUACUGGAGUUGAUGAACGUUCCGGGGCUUUCUCGAGAAAACGUUGCGAGUCACCUUCAGAAAUAUCGCUUAUAUCUUAGAAGGCUUAGUGGAGUAUCGCCACAUCCAAGUAAUCUGAACAAUUCUUUUAUGAACCCUCAAGAUCAUCCUCCUUUUGGGUCAAUGGCUUCAUCAUACAAUGGCAUUGAUCUUCAGACGCUUUUGGUCACCGGUCAACUCUCGCCGCAAAGUCUCGCUGCCCUCCAAGCCACCGGACUUCGUCGACCUACCGCGAAAUCUAGCUUACCGAUGGCCCUUGUUGAUCAGAACAACAUAUUCAGCUUUGAAAAUCCAAAGCUGAGGUUUGGUGAGGACCAAACACAACACCUGAACAACACUAAACCUGUAAGCUUGUUUCAUGGGAUUCCAACAAAAAUGGAGCCAAAGCAGCUUGCCAAUAUGCAGCACCCUUCUGUGCAGACUCAGAGGAACAUGAACAUGAACAUGAACAUGAACAUGAACAUGGCACUCAAUAUCAAGAGCGAACAUGGUGGCACUCAGCUAAUGCAUUUGUCUCAGCAGCAAACUGUAGGACAGACUCUAAAUAACUCUAAUGUUACCCACCUACCUGGAAUUCCAUCGACAUUAAGGAACCUGAUCAUAUCAGGUAGCGUUACAACGGGAAACGGGACUGCUGAUAAUAGCCACGGACCUCGAUACAACCUAGUUUCGCCCACGUCGGUUAUGGUGAACUAUCCAAUGAGCCAAACCACAGAAGUGUUUCAAGAAGAAAUGAACUCAAAUCUAAAAGUAUCGAGCGGAGUAAUGUCGAGUUAUGGUGUUUUUAGUGACUUGCAUAUGCAGAAAUCCCAUGACUGGGAUUCUCAAAAUGUAAGCACUUUGGCCUUUGGUACUCCACACCAUGGAAACUUCAUUCACCAUAGCUUUGAUAUCUCACCCUCAUCUUUGAUUCAUCACGGUUUUCCUUCAAGCCAAACAAAUGGAGAGAAUCAUAACUCAUCAGUCAAUGGGAAGACGAACUUUUCGUUUUUGGAUUCAACUCAACCCGGGAUUCCUCAAAGUGUCGACCAUAACUCGUUUUUCGAUCCCGGGGAGGUCAAGAACCAGAUCAUCCCUGAUGCAAGCUAUCAAACCGACCUGUUAUCUGAGGACUUUGGCCAGGAUGAACUUCUUGGUGUCUUUCUCAAACAAGAACAACAAGAAGACAACGGAUCGGUCGACUUUAGCGGAUACCAAACGGAGAAUAUUUGUGUUUAGAAAGCUUCUUGGUUUUGUUCCCCAUCACUUUGUUGUAACUCUCAAGAUCAAAGUACUCCCACAUUAGACAACAGAGAGAGGUAGUUCAUCAUUCUUGUCAACAAGUUCAUUGUGAAUAGUAUGCUUAGCUUAGCUUUAGUUGCAACUUUGAAAUGUCAAAUUUCAAUCUUUAGCAAUCUUCCUCAGAAUGCUCACACAAAAAGAUGCAAAUCUUUCGCCAAGUACGGUUGGCAUUCGAAGCCCGAAUCACGAUGUGUGUGAAACUAUUUGGUUAUAACGGGCAGAUCGCUCGAUCGUCGAUGCUAAGCUCGGCUCAGCUCCAUUGCAGUGGGACCUUUUAGGAGAUUUCUCAUCUCUCUAAUUAAAACCUCAUGAAAAAUCAUCUUCAAUGUAAAUAUUCUUCUUGUUUGUUUA